UGUUUUGUUUUCUAUCGCAUGUAUUGACUAAGGAUAGGAAAUCAAACCUACCACAUAUGGGUGAAAUCGAUUAUUCGUUCCAUCAUGAUUGGGGUAGGUUAGUUAGGGAUCUAUUUAUAGCCACAGAACAUUGCCCUGGAGAAUACACUGCUGCAGUGCUGCUUAAGCUCGCCAUCCAGCCGCAAUGGAAGAUCAGAGCCUGAAGCCCAUCCGUUGCAAAGCGGCGGUCUGUAGAGCGGCCAGUGAGCCACUGAUCGUCGAGGAGAUCGUCGUCGAUCCUCCGAAAGCCUACGAGAUCCGCAUCAAGAUCAUCUGCACCUCCCUGUGCCACACCGAUGUCACCCUCUGGCACAAGGUAGACCCUGCCUUUCCAAGAAUCUUGGGCCACGAGGCCUACGGGGUGGUGGAGAGCGUGGGGGAGAACGUGGAGGGGCUCGCGGCGGGGGACACGGUGGUGCCGACGUUCAUGGGGCAGUGCGACUCGUGCGCCAGCUGCGCGGCGGAGUGGACGAACCAGUGCACCGCCGUGCCGUUCACCAUGGGCCCCGGGAUGCGGCGCGACGGCACAACCAGGUUCUGGGACGGCGAAGGGAAGCCGCUCAGCGACACGGUGGCCGUCACCAGCUUCAGCCAGUACACCGUCGUCGACGUCAACCAGGUCGUCAAGGUCGACCCCGCCGUGCCGCCCAAAAUCGCCUGCCUCCUCGGCUGCUGCGGCGGCACCGGGGUAGGAGCAGCAUGGAGGUUGGCCAAAGUGCAACCCGGUUCGUCGGUGGUUGUCUUCGGGCUGGGAUCCGUCGGAUUGGCGGUAGUGCAAGGGGCAAAAAUGUGUGGAGCAACGAAGAUUAUCGGUGUUGAUUUGAAUCCUAACAAAGAGGAAGUUGGAAAAGAGUUCGGUGUGACUGAUUUCGUCAAUCCAUCCCAACUCGGCGACAAAUCCGUCAGUGAGGUGAUCAAUGCGAUGACAGACGGUGGCGCUGACUACAGCUUCGAGUGCAUCGGUAUCUCGUCGGUGAUGACUGAGGCAGUCAGAAGCACCAAAUCAGGACGGGGCAAGACGAUCAUUCUGGGGGUCGAGAAGGACAGCCAGCCGUUGUGCCUGCCGUCCUUCGAGUUUCUGUUCGGCAAGUGCGUCAUGGGAUCGCUCUUCGGUGGGGCCAAACCCAAAACUGACAUCCCAAUCCUCGCCGAGAAAUGCAUGAACAAGGAGCUGGAACUGGAGAAGCUGGUCACUCAUGAGGUAGGCCUGACGGAGAUAAACACAGCCUUCGAUUUGCUUCUGCAGGGAAAGAGCCUGAGAUGCAUCAUAUGGAUGGACAAGUGAUGGCCACAACUUGGGGUGGGGAUGCUUUUCCUGUUCAGGUUCUGAAUUUGGUUGAUUGAUGUGUUCAAUAAGUAUGCUGUUUAUUUCGCUGGUGUUGCUGAAACAAGGAGUAAUACACUAAUACGUCCAUCAGCCAUCACGAAUAACUGAUGUACACUUAAUUUCAUGGGCGGUUAGCAGCAUCCUCCUUUCUGAAUCAAUGCAGAAUAUUUUCAUUCCAAAAGAAAAGGAUUAUCUUUCUUAUGGAGUAUGUUCAGAUUUGCGUGUAAAGAACUGGAUUAGUCCAAUCUUGUUUCUUCUUUUUUUUUUGAUCUCAGUCCAAUCUUGUUUCUGAAA